UGAUUAUUUGCAAUUUAUUGUUUAUUGCCGGUAGUUUCCUUACGGAGGCGCCACCCCUUCACCACUUGAUUCGCCGCCGUCCAAUUUCACCUCCGCUACCCUAAUCCGCCGCCGCAACUCACACCUCAACACCUAAUCGCAGAUUUUUCUUCUACUCGCGAAGCGCUACUACAACUGUAACAGCAACCCCCUCAAUUGCUUCCAGCAAUUAGAAAAAAAUGCCGUCUCUGCAAACAGCAUUGCCUCCUGAGCUCGCCAACAAUUCCAUUAGGCUUUAUCGCGAAUGCCUAAGGCGAGCUAAAUAUAUUGGGCAAAAGAAAUUCAACACUGAACUUCUAAUUACUAUGGUGAGAGAGCAGUUCAAGAAGAACAUGCAUGAAACAGAUCCAGAUAAGAUUCAAAAGAUGAAGGAUGAUGCGGCAAGAGGACUGAUCAACCAUAUGCUAUACGAGUCUGAAAACUUGUCUGGGCGAAAAUUCAGCAAAAGCACUGAUCGAAGCUGAAUCUCAGGUGUGCUAUGCUCUUAAGUCUGGAGGCUGCCUUUUGGGAUCUGCUCAUAUGUUUCAUUUAUUAUCUUUAGUGAGAAAAGGAUUACAUUUUGAGAUGUGGGAAAGGUUUUCAUUUACUUGUUAUUGCCAGUAUAUGAGGUGCAUUUGAUGCUACCUUUGAUAUAGCGUCAUAUUGUAGAAUAACGUAGGCUGAAUCAUAACUCAUGUAUAACACGCUUAAAGACGAUAUCAAACUGAGCCUAUUUGUUA